AUGAAAAAGGACUGUGAUCCCAUCGGAGAAGACACUGGACAGAAGACACCAAGGACUACUACCUCUUCCAUACAGAUGAUGCGCCAACUCUGUUACCUCUCCAUUACUCUGAGAGAAAUUUUCCUUUGUUUAAAAGAAUACUUGGAACAGCUUAUAUAUUCUGAAAAUGCUAAAAAUUUGCAUUGGAAUGCAAAAUAUCAGUUCUUCCAGGAUGAUGAUAAAAUUUCACAAGCUACAGAAAAAAUUAUUAAGAGUGAAAUAAGUGCCUGCAAUUCAGAAAAAUUACAUCCAGAAAUAUUACCUUUAUGCCUUAGAUUAUGUACUGCAACAAGUCAAAAUAUAGAUUACAAAUUAUGCCAAUCAAAAACAUCAAAGAAGACUGCCUCAUUUCUUCAUACAGAACCAAUGACUAAAAAUAAAAACACAGAUAAUCUUUUUGCUCCAUAUCCAAAACCCACCAUGCAAGAAGCGACACACAACCACAUGUCAUUAACUAUCGAAUCGGAUUAAAGCAAGUUUUCCAGAUAUAUUUUAAUACUGUAAUUUAGCAAUAUAAUGUAAAUAAGAGUUAAUGUUAUUUUGACAUCCAAAAUUAUGUCAUCGUCAUCUAAAGAAUUUAUUACUAUAAUGUGCAUAAUGUUAUUGUAACAGAUUUCUUAAAUUUUUGGAUGAAUAUCAUCAGUUUUUAAAUUUUUGGAAGAUUGUUUAGUUAACUACAUCAAAAAAUCAUUUCUUUUUUUCAAUAUGUAACUAUAUUGUGAAUAAAUAGAAUAAAA